AUGUCGAAUCAAAACAAUACAAACUCGCGAACUCAAGUACAACAACAAAACAUACUACGAUUGCGACCAACAAGAGAACCAAUCGAAAACGAAAAAGAAGAAGAAGAAGAAGAAGAAGAAGAAGAAAUAUCAUCAAAUGAAGAAUCAUCCAUAGAAACAUCAACAAUACAAGUCCAACCUAUAUUAAAAUCACAAUCCAAUAAACAGAAAAAAAAGAAACCAAAAGUGAAAUGGCAAGAAGAUGUUAUAGAUAAUGAACAUAUGAAUAAAAAAAAAACUAAAAUAUGUUGUAUAUUCCAUCCAAAUAGAACAUUUGAUGAAGAAAUUGAGAAUGAUGAACAUAAAUGUAAUCAUUCUAGUUCAGAUUCAAGUUCAGAUUCUAGUGACGAAAGUGAUGUUGAUAAUAAUGAUAAUAAUGGAGAUAGUAAUGGAUUAAAUAAAAAUGAUAAUGAUGAUGUUAAGAGAUCAAAUGAUUCUAAACCUAAUGCCUAUGAAAUACAACCUCAUUAUGAAAACAAAUCUAAAUUACCUAAAUAA